CCGAAUGAUUAUUUACUGUUCAAAAUGAACUGACAAAUUUUUAACCAAAUCCAACACAAAUUUAGAGUUGUUAGGUUGUUGAAUUAAAGUUCUACCGGUUAAAUCAGGGUAAAUCCUAUUUUACGUUAAGUUUUAUUUUUCACGUUGUCUAUGGUACACGGUGACUUGUAUGAAAUGAGAUGAAUGUUUCCCACAUUUUAAAAUGUGUCGAUAACACAAUGAGUAAAAAACCGUGUAAUUGAAAUCAGAAUUAAGAUAUGCAAAUAUUUCUGGAUCUACUCUCCUCCCUUUCCUAGCCGCAUUGUUUCACCGCGGUACCUCCAAAAAUUUCACCCCACACCACAUUCAACUAUGAUAGAAUGAUUCGUGGACAAGAAUGUGUGACAAGAUUGAAACGUUUGCAACAAUAUAACGAUUAUUGACGAUUUUAUAUUAUUGAAAGUUGUAUGAAUAUAUUAGGGGGCUCAUGCACUCUUCUCGAUGGUAUUAACGUUUCGCCGUGUCAGUCUGUAAUAAAUUCUGAUAAUGAGUAUGAGAAAUUUAUGGAGGUUAUAUACAGCCGGCAGACGGCACAAUUUAGGAGGCGUAAGGACAUACAAAUCUUACAAAAAUAGAAAUGUUUUACGACUCUAUGAGAGAGGAAUGUUCCAGGAUAUUUUUCCCAAUACUUCAGCGAAUGAAGUGAUUAACCUGCUCAAUGCUGCCCCGCAGACAGUGUACGCUGGAUUUGAUCCCACGGCAGAUAGUUUGCACGUUGGGAAUCUACUGGUUUUAUUGAAUCUCUUACACUGGCAAAGAUCGGGCCACCACGUAAUAGCUUUGGUUGGAGGAGCGACGGGACAAGUAGGUGAUCCGAGUCAUCGAAAAUCAGCACGUACUGAAAUGGAGCAAGCGUUGGUAGCUGAGAAUAUUAAAUGUAUUUCAAAGAAUAUUGAGACAAUAUUCAAAAAUCACGAGGAACAUUUUUGGGAAGGAAACAAAAAACUACCACCUCUCACAAUUGUUAACAACAUAGAUUGGUACAGAGAAAUCAAUGCUCUUGAUUUCAUAAGACAAAUUGGCAGGCAUUUCAGGCUCGGCACUAUGCUGGGUAAGGCUUCAGUCCAAUCUAGAAUGAACUCAGAAACAGGAAUGAGUUAUGCAGAGUUCACCUAUCAAGUACUUCAAGCAUACGACUGGCUGCAUUUGCUGAGAAAUUACAAUUGUCGUUUUCAAAUUGGUGGUAGUGACCAGAUGGGUAAUAUAGAUGCAGGGCAUGAUUUAAUUGGCAGGGCAACUGACCAACGUGUCUUUGGUCUUACAUUGCCUCUGAUUACAACAGAGAGCGGUGAAAAGUUUGGCAAAUCAGCUGGCAAUGCCGUCUGGUUGUCAGAAAAUAAGUCCUCCUGUUUUCAGCUUUAUCAAUACUUUCUUCGUACCAAAGAUGCGGACGUAGAAAAACUUUUGAACCUUUUUACUUUCUUACCUAUUGGUAGGAUACAAGAAAUUGCCGCCGAACAUAAAAAGAAGCCCGAGCGGCGCGAAGCACAGAGAAUUCUUGCCGAGCAUGUCACUCGUCUGGUACACGGAGAAAGUGGCCUCAAAUCAGCGGAGCUGACUACUUCUGUCUUGUACAAUAAAUCUACUGAAACUUUGUCUACUCUCACCCCUGGAGAGAUGGUCGACGUUUUUCAAGGGGCAUCGUUCGUUGAAAUAUUACCUGAACCAGGUUUAACUGUGCUACAACUCAGUUUGAAAGCUAAAUGUUUCCCGGAUGAGACUAACGCGAUAAGGAUUAUCACAGCUGGAGGUUUCUCCAUUAAUCAUCAAAAAAUUCAAAACUUCGAAGAAAUAAUAACUCCUGGUGUCCAUAUUCUGCCAAAUAAUUUAACAAUGAUUCGAGUGGGAAAGAAGACGUAUCACAUUGUGAAGUGGCUAGAUUAAUGGCAUACGAGUGGUGAUCAUAUGUAUGCUAAUUGUUAUGUAGAUAUAAACUCUGUAAAAUAAACAUUACUUUUGCCAAA